UGCGAUUUUUGUCAGACUCCAAUUGAAAUCAAUUUGACGGGCGUGUUUCAAAUUGGCGACGACGGGUGGAAUUGUUGUAUUUUAAGUUAUAACAAACAAUAAGCAUUUAAAAAAAGAAAAACAAUAAUAGAACAUCCGAAAUGGGUCUAAAAGGUUGUGAAAUUGUUUUGGAUAAUCCCUGGAACACCUAUUAUGCUGGACAAACUGUAAAUGGACAAGUAAAUUUAACAUUCGAUUCGGCAAAGAAGAUACGAGGUAUCAUUAUAAAAUUCCUUGGUGAAGCCAAUACAGAAUGGUCCGAAACACGCAAAGUCACCAACAGCGAGGGACGUGAUGAAGAUGAGACAACCACCUUUAAGGGUCAUGAAGAAUAUUUCCAAAUCAAAUAUUAUUUAGUUGGUGGCAAGAACAGUGCCGAAAUUGAAUUGCCAGCCGGUACGCACACCUAUCCAUUCACCUGUGCUCUGCCACCAACAUUGCCCUCCUCAUUUGAGGGUGAAUUUGGUCAUGUACGCUAUACGAUAAAAGUUACCCUCGACAGGCCAUGGAAAUUCGAUCAAGAUAUGAAAAUGGCAUUUACAGUUAUUGCCCCCGUCGAUUUGAAUUUAAAUCCUCGCGUAAAGGAACCUUUCAAAUUGGAAUUGGAGAAAUCUUUCUGUUGUUUCUGUUGCAAAUCUGGCCCGCUGUCGGUUAUAACAUCAGUUCCUGUAACGGGUUAUGUUUCGGGUCAAAUAAUACCGAUAACCUGUGAAUGUGAUAAUGCUAGUAAUGUUAAAAUAAAUACCGUCAAAUUUGUCUUACGUAAACGGGUAACGUUCCAUACGACACAGCCACGUGCCGAAAAGAAGGAGUCAAAAAUCACCAUUGCUGAACUGGGCAUUGGCCCCGUGGAGGGUGGUGAAUCGCGAACAUUUAGUCAACAAUUGGAAAUACCACCAUUGCCACCAACAAAUCUGGUGAAUUGUGGUAUUAUUGCAUUGGAUUAUGAUUUGCAUAUUGAGUGUAAUGUGGGCGGGCCACAUCGUAAUUUGACGGGUAACAUACCCAUUACUUUGGGUACCAUACCUUUGGCCUCGUUUAAACCACCAGCUCCGUAUACCGAUGUACCGGCCCAAAUUUCACCUCAACAACAACAGCAACAGAAUGACGAUCCAUCGAUGGCUCCAACACAGCCUGUCAGUCCUGCCAGUCCACCCAAUGGCCAGGGUGGUGCUUUGGGUUGGAGUGUGGCCGAUAGUGUUGGUGGUCAAAUUUAUCCAAAUAUACCUCCUCCCCAAUUUGUGGAGACUCAAUUUAAGGCUCCCACAAUUACAAAUCGCGAUGACUCGGAACACACUCGAGUAAUUGGUGGUGGUGAUUUCGCUCCACGCUAUCCCACCUUCCAAUUUAACACCCCCACUGCGCCUCCAAACAUGUAAAUUCUGCCAUUCUGGUACUACUAAAACUGAAUUUUAGAAAUCUCUUCAUGGAAAUUGUAUGAUGCAAGUGCUUGAAGUAUAUCAAAGCAAAACGACGCACAAUUUUCUUCGCAAACAACCAAAAGACUUUUUAAGGAAUCGUCAAUUUGUUUCAUUUUUUUUUUGUUGCAACCUAACCACAUGAUAUUUUUUAAAGAGUCUCAAAAUGAAAUAAUUAAAAAACAAACAAAGCAGAUUUGAUUGCAGAUGUAAACAUUUUAAACAAUUUUAAAGUUACAUUUAAUGCUACAUUUUUUUUAAUAUCCUACUGCCAAUAAUUUACAAUAUCCAAUGGCUAAGUCCCAAAUUCUGUAAUCAGAUUUUAUAUUUUUCUCUUGAUAUUAAUUUUAUUUAUUUAUUUAAAAAAAAUAUAUUUAAUACCGUCCUUUAUUGCUGUGCUUUUGAAACAAUUAUUUCAAUUGUCUUUUCUUUUUUGGAAUCAAAUUCUUCAUACAUACAAACGAAAACAAAACAAAACUAUUAAUAGGAAAACAAAAAAGAGUGCCUAAGAUCAAAAAAAAAAAAAAAAAUGUAAGCUUAAAAAGUACUUUAUAUAGUCAAGUGGAAAUUAAAUUUUCGUUUAUAUCAAUUAAGUGUGUAUAACUGG